UCGCUUUGUUGAUCUGUUCCUAAGUACUGGAGGACUCUGGUUACUCUCAUCAUACUUUGUGUUUUACAUUGUUUUCCAGUUCAAUCCUGUAUCUCCACUGUCAGAGAGGAAUCCAGGCUACAACCCAGACCCGUCUGCAGAUGACAGAGCUCAUCUUCUGGUUUGUGUGCUUUCUGCUGACUCAGCAGAAAUUACAGACUCAAUUCUGCAGAAGAUGAAGGCCGUCAGAGAGGCAGCCAGUGACCUGGAAAUUAAGGCCUCAGUUCUGCAGAAGAUGAAGGCCGUCAGAGAGGCAGCCAGUGACCUGGGGAUUCCCCAAAUGAUGAUAGUCACCAACAUCGACAGAGCCUGUGCUGAAACUGAGAAGGAUGUGAAGAACGUGUACAAGAGCAAGUAUCUGAAGAAGAAGAUGUUAGAAUUUCACAGAAGAGUGGGAAUCCCAGUGAACUGCAUCUUUCCUGUGAAGAACUACAGUGACGAGAUCGACCUGGAUCCUGACGUGGACGCUCUGAUCCUGAGCGCUCUGAGAAAAAUGCUCGACUUUGGAGACGACUUCAUUGACAAACACUUUUAGGUGGUUUCACCUGUUGACAGUUUGCUUUGAUGGUUAAUGUCUGUAUCUGAUGAAGACUGGGAGUCCCUUGGUAAUGGAUGUGUGUUUGUGUGUAUAUGUACAUAUAUAACAAAGUAGUACUGGCUACACCUGCACUACAUGAAAAGGUGCAAUGAGAUAACUUCUGUUGUGAACUGGAGCUAAAUAAAAAUAAUAUAUAUAUAUAUAUAUAAACACACGCACACAUCCAGGUUCCUACAGCUGUCAGGAUUUUCCAUGCUUCUCAGCAGAUCUUCUGACCUUUGACCUCUGAGUACAAAUACCUAUAAAACCGUUGCUUUUAUGAUCAAUAUAUUUCAGAGAUGCACCGACUGUAGUUUUUUUUAGCCGCUUCAGAUUUUUUAAAAGCUUAAAGCCUCCAGUCUUGGUUGAUUCAGAUUCUCUGUCCUGGAACGUGCAGACAUUUCUGUAACUUCUCUUUAAUGGAAAACUCUUUCUGCAGCACUGGCUGAUCCUCCUGGGUUAGAGUUGGGCUUCCAGCUGUAUGUUCAGAAUAAAACUUACUACUAAACGAAUAAAACUUUCUCUGUCUCUUA